ACCGUUCCCAUAUUUGACGUUUUGAAUUCGUUGAGCGCAUAAAAGUGACAGCUGUUCCCUUUGAAACGAGCAACGGUCGCCAUCAGCGUUUAUGGUGAGGCUUGUUUGUCUAGUAUCAUUAUUUGUGCUUCAAUUUGUUAGCUAAAGCUGCGCUUUACAUCGCAUUUAAUUGUGUAAAACUGAAGCUUCGUUAAAAUAAGCGUAGAUGGUGUAUUGAAAGCAUUGUGUUGUGUGAAAAACAUGGAUAGGGCAACCACUGUUUCCGACGCGUUAAAGCGUCAACGAUUGUUAGCUGCUCAGGCAAUACGUAAAGCAAACGACAUUAGUCCACAAACUGUGCGGCAUUUACGUGAGCAAUGUUCUCCUGUGUCAAAUUCUGCAGCUAGCAGUGCUACACUAUACGCAUCCCCGACAAACAACGCAUCACCAUCAUCAAUGCAGCAAAAGUCUCUUAACAUAACAGAACUAGAGGAGGAGAAAACUAUUCAUAUGGCUACCACGCCGAGGAAGUUCACUUUCGAACCGAAAGAGAUCACGGCACGCUCCACCAUGAGCCAGCAUCCAUCGGACACAAACGGUAAAACAAAGCCGAGCAAAUUCUUGUCUGCUGGCAUUGAAGAAAUAUUGGCGUCCAGUUUCGCCGAUAACAUAAGAUCCAUGGGCCGAUCGCUACGUGAAACGGCUGCUAGCGUACAUGCGACUGAUUUCGAUGGCGAUCAGUUAGCGAAUCUAAGCCUUCCGCGUACGGCAGACAUGAGUAAACUGUCGUGCGAUUCACUUUCAUCGCUACCGAUUGGAGUACGGCCGGAAAUUGUGACGGGGAUAUCCGAACAGGCGAACAAUCGUGAUCCUUGGGAAAUGUCACAACCUGCAUUUGAAAGCAGCUGGAUGAAGGAGAAAAUACACGAGUUAAGCCAAAUGGAGGAGGCAAGUUUUCGGCCCGCCGACCAUAUGGCUUCCAGGUUGCUCGAGGAUGAGAUGGCCUGGGAGCAGGAAAAUGCUGACAUUCCGUCAAUGAACGCCAACCGACGACAGAUUAGCCCGGUGAAGGGUACUCGCAAGCCACAGCUGAAAGAUCAUGUUGAUUUUUCGUGUUUCUCCGGUUACCUCAAUCAAGCGGGUGACAUAUCGCGCCGAUACGACGACAACACGGUGAAUAAUGACGGUAGCGUCUGUUCCGUGGGACAUUACUUUAACAAAAUGUCUGAUGAUCUGAACAGCAUGGUUGGCGAUAAUAGUCCACCUCAGCGUAGACCACUUCCGUUAAUAGACGUUACAAAUGAUAUAGAAAGCCCUAGAAGUCCCGGAAAGCUGUUCAACGAAUCAAAAGCCAAACAGUACGGUAAAGAAAACAAGGAAACUUCGUUAAGCGUAUCAUGCAUUGCUAAAGCUAUAACAUCGAUAGAUUUGGAAGACUCGCCACAUAACUUCAUCCACAAACUCAAGCAAGUGCAGCGUACAAAAUCGGAACAGCUUUCCGGGUUGAGCAUCGAAGAAAGGAAAAUACCCCUUGUAGCAAAAUCUAGCAGUGAUCUCUCUGCUUCACAUGCGACUAGAGCAAAGCAAUCGAGACCAUCGUUGCACAGUACCAACACCCCGGAACAAUACUUACGUCCACCGCAAAACUACCAGCAGUGCGAUACGCUCAGUUUCUCUGAAUCGAUGUUUGACUCGUCCUCCACGAUGCCGGUCUUGCCCCAUUCUAAAACAUCUAGUCCGAAAGCAUCAGAAUUUGAAGCCACUCAAACGUCAUGGCAAAACAAUGAAACGGACCCACCGGCUGUAACACCGGUGCAAGCAGCAAAGCAAAAAGCACUGGUCGAUACGUUCCGGGUGUCGACGGCAACGAAACUAUCGGAAGAGUAUAUGGAUCUUCCAUCGAUUCCACGCAUCAGAGACACACCAACAUGCCAGAAGAACAUCUUUGACGAACGUCCAAUUGCUAGAGCGAAUCGUAAGCGUCGCUCGAACUCAACCACACGCCAGGAAUUGACUGUGGAAAAGCGUGACGAUCUAGCGUUGCUGACAAAGUUCAUGCAGGCACGCUCUAAAUCUCCGUCAAAUCGGGCCGAACUUAAAGCGGUCAGUGCAAGUUCGUUUGACCAGCAUGUUCGUGCUAAGGAUUCGAAUAUCUCGUACCGAGUGACACCGAAAAUUUCGCAUCUACGCAAAGCAAUCCCAUCGGAGGUCGCUUUGGUACGGAACGAUCCACGAAAAUCGCAUCUUUCACCUGAACCGCGUGCAGCCGUUCGUUCACCGUACUCAUCGCCCAAGGGUGAAACGGGACGAUCGUCCUCACCAUCGGAGGCGUACGAGGAAGUGGCGGACAAGUACAGUCUUCGAGUGCCCGGUGUACCGUCCCGUUCGGCUUCACAGUGCUCCGGUAGCACUGAGUGGAUCAACAGAAGCGAGGGAACACUACCGCUGAAGGCAACCCACAGCGAACUGUCCUGGGGUAGCACUAAAUUGCGCAAAAGCGAUAAGAAAACGAUGCAAAUCAAAAACACCUCCAAUCGGAAGCUGCUGGUGAAAGCGGUCAUUGUCGGACCAGGUUUUCAGCUGUGCGGCACAGAGCAGAGUGGACUGCUGACGCUUCAAAGCCAAGAAUGUCGCACCAUUACUGUCGAUUUUUGCCCAACCGUCAUUGGUGCGGCAAUUGGGGCACUUUCGUUUCAUCCUCCGAACGAUUUGCACAUCCAGCGGGUAGUGAGCUUGUACGGGUACGGUGGGGAAGCAUCGAUCAAGAUCGAAGGUAUACAGAAGGGUCCAAGCGGUCCAUUCCUAGAGCUUGGUAGUGCGCGCAACUUGGGUCGUCCACUGGAGAAGAGCUUUUCCUUGUACAACAAGGGUACCUUACCGGCAUUCGCACGCAUCGGCAUCGAUAAGAAGGGGCUCGAUCAGGCGCUGCUAGCAACGGCCGUCUACGUUCAACCACAGUGCACGAUCAUUUCACCGAACAGUUACGCACACAUCAAGGUCGUGUUUAAACCGCGACGGCAAGAAAUUACUAAAAUCCUGCAAAAACAAGUCGACGUACUGUCGAUUACCAACCUGCACAUUCUCUGGGGCGACGAACCGACGCGGCACCGGAUCCGUAAGAACAUUGCGCUGGUAAAACAGAACAAUCUGAUCGAUCCAAAGAUGAGUGCACUGGAAUCGAUCUGCAAACCGUUCACCGACGAGAAGGAGCUGGAUGGGUUGGACAUGUUCUGCGAACAUGUGUUCGAUACUAUCCACGAACUGUUUCUUACCUUCCGGGAGUACGAGCUGGUACUAACGGUUGAUCGUGCGCUGGACGAAACGAUGCUUGACCUGUCCAUGGCAGAUGAUAAUACGACACUGUUUAAGACAAUGUACGCCAGUUCGGAAAUGGGAUCCUCACCAAAGUUAGCCGAAGACAUGAUAUUAUCCGGAGUGCCGGGAAGCAUCGGACAAUCCCAUGCCCAUGGAAUGGUUCCAUCAGUAGCAGCCACCGCUAGCGGAGGACUAGUCGGUAUGCACAGACGAGAUAGUGGCGAAUCUUGGUCCGUGCGACCAACAGCACUCGAGUUCCGACCGUCAACCGAGCGCACGAAGCAGUUUGUGAUAAAGAGCAACUUCUACACGGCACAGUACUUUGAGCUGAACUCCAACUAUCGACAGCUUUUCCGACUUUCGCCGUGCGAGGGUCACAUCCGGCCCGGUCAGGAGGUGGUGGUUAACGUAUCACUGCAGCAUCUUCAACCGAUCGGUGCCGCCAAUCAGCAACCGUCCAUUUUUGUCGUUGUGUACAUUGAAAACGAAAAGAUUACCAUUCCCGUUCAGAUACAUUAUGGGAACUGACGGAUCGGUUAUGGUUAAUGAUUUUGCUAUUUCUUUUUACGAGGCACUAUUUAUGAUAAAAAAAACUAUUUUUCUUUUAUGCACAAAUCAGUUUCCGUGUUUUAUUUUUUAACUGUACGAUUUUAAACUCUCACAUUAAUCCGAUGUACUUGUCCUUUUAAUGGUGGAAAUAGUCGUUUUAAGCUUAAGCUAUUGCGGAUAUGCCACGAGAAGGUAUUCUGUCUUUAGGAUUCCGUGGUUUAACAAUAAUGAUUCUGUAGAAAAAGUGUUUGAAAAUUCAUGCAAUAAAAGGUCGAAACGGUAAACUUUUGUCCUUUCAUGAUUCAUGCAAAUUUUUUAAACACUUUUAUAUAUAACCUCUUUUGAGCUUGCAUCUAGUUUUAAAAUAGAAAAAUGUCCUGACUUCCGAAUAUUUUAUUUAUGUAACAACGAUGAAUUAAUAACCUUUUAAAAUAAAGCUGAUACAGAAUGCCCCAACAGUUGUGCAAAAAAAAAAUAUAUAAACGUUGUUGGAAGUUCUUAAUUUAAUUGUUUUUAAAUGUGUUUGUAUAGUUAUGUUACGCACUGUACGUAAUACGACCGAAGGAACUUAGUGGAACAUUAUGCUGAUUAUGUUCGGUAUUGUUUUCACUUGGUCAACUUGGCACUUGCUACAAUCUCGUUCUACAGUCUUAAAAGACAGAAUAGAAUCGAAAACCGUUAAAGGAAACUUGAAAGAACGUAUGUUCAUAAAGUGUGAAAGGUUUAUACAUAUGUGCAUUAAUAGCUAUUUAUCCGUAAUGUAAAUUUAAAGUGCACUUCAAGAGGAACGUAAUUGAAUACUUUCCCACUAGAGUGUAGAGUGGUUUCAUGCUAUUUUAUUCUAAAGCUAUAAGGAACGUAAAAAAGCGACAAUACGUCACUACGAGGUGUAAAACGAUCUGC